GAUAACCUGCUGUUUUAUUGUUGGUUCACGUACUAAUGACAGUCAUUUUACGUAUUCAUUGCUAAAAGAAAACUGAAAAAAUACAUUUGCCCGAAUUUCCGGUUAGUCAUCCGCCCACAUCGAUCUUCAUUUAGGCGCAGCCAAAUAAAAGGAGAGAGCACAUCACCAUGGACUUUGGAGACGAUUUCGCAGCAAAGGAAGAGGUGGAUCCGGCGGCCGAGUUCCUGGCGCGCGAACAGUCGGCUCUCGGGGAUCUGGAGGAGGAGAUUACGGGGGAUGCCUCAGUAUCUGCUCCAGCUGCUGCUGCUUUAUCCACAGACGAGGGUUUGGGCGAGCUCCUGGGAGGAGGAGGCUCCUCCGAUGUCCUGGGUGGAGAUCUUCUCUCAGCAGGCGGUGGCGGCGGCCUGGAAUCCUCUACGGGCAGCUUCGAGGUCAUUGGCGGCGAGUCCAAUGAACCCGUCGGCAUUUCGGGACCACCACCUUCCCGGGAAGAACCCGAAAAGAUACGCAAGUGGCGGGAGGAACAGAAACAGCGACUCGAAGAGAAGGACAUCGAGGAGGAGCGGAAAAAAGAGGAGCUGCGGCAGCAGUCCAAGAAGGAGCUGGACGACUGGCUGCGCCAGAUUGGCGAGUCCAUAUCGAAGACCAAGCUGGCGUCACGUAAUGCCGAAAAGCAGGCCGCCACCCUGGAGAACGGCGCCAUUGAACCGGGGACCGAAUGGGAGCGCAUAGCCAAGCUCUGCGACUUCAAUCCCAAGGUGAACAAGGCGGGCAAGGACGUCUCCCGCAUGCGAUCCAUAUACCUGCACCUCAAGCAGAAUCCCAUCCAGGUGCAGAAGGGCACCUAGGUAGUUUUAAUUACGCACUCGCCUAACCACACAUUGAGUUGAAUAUAAAAAUUAUUAUUGAAAGUAUUCGCUGUAUAUUCCAAUUUAUGAUACAUAAAAUAUUAUUAUUGCUGCUAAAACAUAGCUGCGAUCAUCGUUUUCUCUAAUGAAUGCAAUAAAGAAUGUGCACACAGUUGUCCUGAUUUCCUUGACUAUCAAAUACCCAUCACACAAAAUAUAAAACGAAAACUGGACAUGAAAAAGUUAGGAAAAAGAACAAAUGAAAAAUAAAACUGAAAAUAUGACAACUAAA